GUCGGCAUUGCAGAUCCACUCUCUAUCUCAUCCGCUGACGAGAUGGCGCAUUGUCGAAACAUAGGCGAAACGGAAAGACAGCUCGGUCAAUCUGCCCCCUUCUCAGUUCAGCUUCUGAAGCUCACCGAUAACCGAGACUCUCCCGUGCCCCCGCUCGAUACCGAUCGGCUCCUAUCACUCUUCCCCGCGUCGUACCCGACCAAGUCUGACGAUUUGGUUGCGCCGAGCCGCGAUGUCUGGGCCUGCAUAAAAUCAGAGCUGGAUCUACAAAGGCUUAAGAAAGUUCACGGCUUGCUAUGGCUUACAGGCCGGCUCCUACCGCCUCGACCAUUGCACCACCAGCUCCUAUUGGGCCGAGAGAUUCUCGUCACAGAACAGAUGGACAUGCAUCUCGUCUGGACGACGGGCCGCAUCUUCGUCAAACCCAUCCCGCGUUUCCUGCUUGAGCCGUGCUUAUGGACCAAAUAUCUCUGUUGCGAGCAAGGAUGCGAAUGUUCCAAGGGCGAAGCUCAUUCCGAAGGGAGCACCCAGGAAUGCGAGUGUCGGAAGCUUUGGAAAUGUGCGCUUGGGUUCCUAUUCUCCUACGUUGCGCUAAGGUCGAAUGGCCAGGCUGGAUAUCCUUCGUCGAGCAACUUGACACAGAGCACAUCUACCCAGACAUCGACCCGCGAUUCCACCAUGGAGAGCUUCGUUUGA